AUGGUGGUUGGCUAUCUCAUCAUCUUCGCUUCUCUGUUCUGCUUCACCGUGGCAGUUCCUGCAGAGAAUGCCUUGAAGACUUACCUAGUCUUCGUCGAGAAGCCUCAAGGCCUCGAUUCAUUGGAGUCAGAAAAUCUCGACAACUACUACCAGCAAUUCUUGCCGGUGACUACAGAGUUGAGCUCCGACGAGCCGCGGAUAGUCCAUUCUUACCGCCAUGUCAUCACAGGGUUCGCUGCCAAGCUCACUGCAGCCGAAGUCGAGACGAUGAAGCAGAAGCAAGGGUUCCUCUCGGCCCAUCCCGAGAGGAUCCUGUCCCUCCAGACAACAUACACUCCCAAAUUCCUGGGGCUUCAGCAGAAUACUACAGGGUUUUGGAACUCUUCAAACUACGGGAAGGGAGUGAUUGUUGGGGUUUUGGACACGGGCGUGACGCCUAAUCACCCUUCUUUCAGCGACAAGGGGAUGCCUCCCCCGCCCGCUAAAUGGAAAGGCAAAUGCGAUUUCAAGGAUGUUUGCAACAACAAGGUGAUCGGCGCCAGGAACCUCGUCGCAAGUGGGGAAUCCCCUGCUGAUGAGGUAGGCCAUGGGACGCACACUGCGAGCACAGCUGCAGGAAGUGCGGUGGAUGGUGCCAAUGCCUUGGGCCAAGGGUGGGGGACUGCUUCUGGCAUGGCGCCAAUGGCUCAUUUGGCCAUCUAUAAAGUGUGCGGCCAACAGGGCUGCGCAGACAGCGCCAUAUUGGGGGCAAUUGAUGCGGCAGUUGGAGAUGGCGUCGAUGUGUUGUCGCUCUCUCUAGGCGGGGAAUCGGCUCCCUUCUUCCAGGACGGAAUCGCCAUCGGUGCAUUCGGGGCGGUGAAGAAGGGAGUGCUUGUGAGCUGUGCAGCUGGGAACAGCGGCCCUGCUGCUGGGUCGCUGUCGAACGAGGCGCCAUGGAUUCUGACCGUGGGAGCUAGCACGGUCGAUCGUCAAAUGGGAUCGACCGUCCUGCUGGGGAACAAAAAGGAAAUGGACGGUCAAACUCUGUUUCAGCCAGAGGAUUUCCCUUCCAAGAUGUUGCCGCUCGUCUAUGCAGGCUCUGCUGCUAACUCCUCGGGAGUCUACUGCGCGCCAGGGUCGCUGAACAAGCUCGACGUCAAAGGCAAAAUGGUGGUGUGUGAGAUGGGAGGCGAAAUCAGGAGGCUCGACAAAGGAAUCGAAGUGAAGAGUCAUGGUGGAGCUGCAAUGAUCCUGAUCAACAAUGUCGCUAACGGCUUCACAACUCUAGCUGAUGCUCACGAGCUUCCGACCUCCCAUGUCAACUACGAGGCCGGAUUGGCCAUCAAGGCCUACAUCAACUCCACAUCAACACCAACUGCUAGCAUCAUAUUCAAAGGAACCGUGAUCGGCAAACAAGAAGCCCCCCAAGUGGCAUCCUUCUCGUCCCGAGGUCCGAGCCAGGCUAGCCCCGGGAUCAUGAAGCCCGAUGUGAUUGGACCGGGAGUGAGCAUUCUAGCUGCUUGGCCAGCUCCUGCAGAUAACAACAUCCUCAACAACAGUUCUCAAUCUACAUUCAACAUGAUCUCUGGCACAUCGAUGGCUUGCCCUCAUCUGAGCGGCAUUGCAGCUCUACUCAGAAGUGCUCACCCGGACUGGUCGCCAGCUGCCAUCAAAUCCGCCAUCAUGACCACGACCCACCUGACUCAAAUUGGAGGCAAGCCGAUCACCGACGAGCAAGGCCUCAUUGCUGAUAUGUUCGAUAUGGGCUCGGGCCACGUCAAUCCAGCAGGGGCAACUAACCCUGGGCUGAUUUACGACAUUCUGCCCGACGACUACGUUCCUUACCUGUGCGGGUUGGGCUACAGCAACGCGCAGGUGUCUACCAUCGUGCAGAAGAAGGUGGAGUGCUCGUCGAACCAAACGAUAUCGGAAGCUCAACUGAACUACCCAUCGUUCGUCCUGCAACUGGGGUCUCGGCCACAGACAUACACGAGGACUGUGACGAAUGUAGGGAGAGCUAAUUCUGUGUACAAAGCUGAGGUGCAUGCACCCGAAGGUGUUGGAGUGGAAGUGAAUCCUAAGGAGAUUGUUUUCGGUCAGUUGAGCGAGAGAGCAAGCUACUCGGUCACGUUCUCGGUGAAGAAUGUGACGAGUCAGAGGUUCGUGCAAGGGAGCUUGUUCUGGGUGGCUGAUGGGUACAGUGUCAAGAGUCCAUUUGGUAUCAUUGUGGACUACUAA